CAAUUCCCCGCCCCCAACCCCCACCUCUCAGGGGAGUGUAAGACUUGCAUAACGUGGGUAUAUAAGGAGCCGCGGAGCGUCUUGUGGCACCAGAAGGUGUCCGAAUCGCAACCAUGAAAGCCGUAGUCUUCGUCCUCUGCCUCGCCGCCCUGGCAUCUGCCGCCCCUAAGCCUCAGGGAGACGGCCCCGUCGUCGCCAUCUUGAGGGACGAACGCGUCGACAACGGCGACGGAAACUUCAACUACGCCUUCGAGGCCGACAACGGCAUCUCCAUGCAGGUCUCCGGAACCCCCGGUUCAGAGGGACAGGUCAACAUGGAGGGAGUCUACCUCCUUCCUCUGGCUGACGGAGGCUUCGCCGAGAUUCGCUUCAUCGCCAACGAGAACGGCUUCCAGCCCUCAGGAGACAUCCUGCCCACCCCCCACCCACUCCCCGCCCACGCCAUCGAGCAGAUCCGCAUCGCCGAGCAACAGAGGGCUGAAGGCAUCACCUUCGAGUAAACCGACCCGACCCGACUAGCAGUGUGUUAAUUCUCGUCUCCGUUAUUCUAAAUGUGAUAUAUCCUUAGUGUAAUAAAGCCUUUUGAGUAAU